AUGGUGCCUGCUGAGCGCCGGGGAGAGUUCGCAGAGCGAUUGCUCGCCGACCCUGGUGAAAAAGGCUUCUCGCGCCUCGCGCUGAAUGUGCGGCUCUUCGCACGCACUGUUCGGCUCUUCGAUGUGGCGCCAGGGAGCUUCGUUCCGUCACCGGAGAUUCACUCAACUGUCGUUCGCCUGGAACCACGGCUACCAAGCCCUGAGGUCGACUUCAACGAAUGGGAUGCACUCAUUCGGGUCAUUUUCUCCCGGCGGCGAAAGACUUUGCGGCGCCAGUUUCGGAAGCUGUCCACACUAGCGCUGCUGGAGCAGAACUACAAGAUGUGGUGUUCCCUCUCAGGGACAAAGCCUUCCACCACGCCCUUCCCUGAAUUGGUCCGCUCGGUCCUGGAAGACGAGGGAAUGCUUCGCGAGCGCGCAUUCGCGAUGGAGCUCGAGGACUUGCACUUGCUGCUACGAGCUUUCAAUCGAAGAGGACAGGAGUUUGACCUUCAGAAGCCUUGCGAAGUGUGA